AUGCAUCGCCUUCCGGGAUUGCAUCAGAGACCCGCGCCACCGCCCAAACACUUGUCGACAAGAAGUCGAAAAAGUAUCGGGCUGCUGCGUCAGGCGGUCAGAAAUAGAUGGAAGAUUCUCAUCUCCCUGCAAGAACGAGCCGAGCUUGUCCGGAUCCCUAACGUCGCGGCCACGAACGAGACAAAAACAGCCGAGUAUUCCUCUUCCCCUUCUUUUGGGAACCAUAGCUCGGGCGAUACAUUCCACUUCAAACAUGCAGAUACUCCCAUGCGCCACGCGGCCGCGUCUGCCGACCACCAACGUAUCGAUGUUGUUCAAUUGAUAGGACACAGAGUGUCACGACGCGAUCGGUCACGAAUAGAGCUCUGCGUUCUUCGGCCAAACCAUGCGAAGUCGUGGCGGCCGGAGCGAGAAGUACAGAUUAACGCCCCGGACGAAUGGUUGGCGUAUACAUCGAGUGUUGAGCAUCGUGCGUGCUUGGGAGAACAUCAGCGUGAUAAGUGGCACAUUCUGGCAAUCCACUCGCACUGGAUUGUCCUAGCAAUGAAGGGUAAACGUAAGUAUCGUAAAGUUAUGUUUCGGGUAUCAUGGGAGGGUAGCCUAGAAAGGACAAGUAUCACCGAAAGGUCUGCGCGGCUGCGUAGUUCAGCGAUGGUCGCCGAAUACUGGCGUCACUGGGGUGGUAGAGAUACCGCACUACUUGAUGCUGACAUCAGAGAGGCUUGA